CUGCGCGAGUGAACUGAACUUUGAUCAAACUUUUUGUCAGCAGAUAACUCAGUGACCAAGUGUCAGAGAAACUGCGUAACUUAGUCAGAGCAUAGUCGCAAUAUUUAGGUGCAUUUACUUCAACAAUAUUAACGUUAUCAUGACGAGGAAGAGGGUCGUCAAACAAGAUGGUUCAUCCUCCGUAGCCGCCAAAGUCCAGAAGUCUGCCAGUAAAUCCCCGAAGGAAGGGACAUCGUCCCGGUGGUGGCUGAAAAGAGGCUUAUUGGCCCUCUUUGUUAUCUUCAUUUCGGUGCCUGUCUUUCUGAAAAUACUCCCAGAAUUAAUCCAGCACCUUGUUUACACUCACAGAAUCAGGUUGCCGUUCUUUGUUGACCUCAGCCAACCCGCUGAUCUCUCCCUUAAUCACACCAUCAACAUGUACUUAACAUCAGAGGAAGGAAUCUCUCUUGGCGUAUGGCACACUGUCCCUGAAAGUCAGUGGAAAGAGGCGCAGGGGAAAGACUUGGCAUGGUACCAGAACACUUUAAGCGAUGGAAGUCCAGUUUUCAUAUAUCUUCAUGGGAACACAGGCACAAGGGCACACACUCAUCGGGUGGGAGUGGCAAACAUAUUGAGCGGGCUUGGUUACCACGCACUGGUGCCUGACUACAGAGGGUUUGGAGAUUCCACCGGGGAGCCGACUGAAGCCGGUCUGACUACAGAUACCCUCUACCUGUACAACUGGAUCAAAGCACGCUGUGGAAACUGCCUGAUUGUCAUCUGGGGACACUCUCUUGGCACUGGAGUGGUCACUAACACUGCGGUAAAGCUGCUUGAGAAAGGUGAGAGUUUUGGUGGUGUAAUCCUGGAGAGUGCAUUCAAUAGUGCUCGACAGAAGAUACCAGGUCACAUUUUUAGAUGGUAUUACUGGAAGUUUCCAGGUGUUGGGUACUUAUAUCCUGAGCCAUGGGCAGAAAACAAAAUUGUCUUUCCUACUGAAGAAAAUGUGAAGAAAAUGAAAUGUCCGAUUCUUAUCCUUCACUCCGAGGACGAUCACUUAGUUCCCAUUCAUUUUGCUGAGAAGAUAUACGAGGCAGCAGUGAGUGGACAGGAUGCCGAGCGAGUCAAGAUGGUGUCAUUCGACGGCUCUCUGGGGUAUCAGCACAACGGCAUAUACAGAGACCCCCAACUGCCUGAUAUCAUAACGAAGUUUGUGCAGUCGCUGUAACGUUGGAAAGACGAGUGAAGCAGCAAAAUCUUGGCAGACUUAAGACGUAAAUUUUUACUUUUUUUACACAGCUGCAUAUAUGUCGCUUAAAUAUGCGAUUUACUUGAAAUUUUUAUGACUCUUAAAUGUUUAUAUUUGUUCUUAAAAUAACAUUAAACAAAGAAUCUUCAUGCAGAAUGAUAUUUAAUUUUGCUUCUAGAUCAGUUACAUUUUUUCAAGAUAAGAUUCUCUUGUUAAAUGCAGAUUUUUUUUCCCUAUCGUGGGUCAUUUAUACUGAAUUAGGGACUGUUUGCUAUUUGUGAGGGGUUGGUGCAAAACUUCAAACACUGUUUAGAUACUAGGAGAGAGGUAUGUUUUCUGAUUUGACUUAGGGUUGAGACAUUAAAGUGGUUGCAUUUGGUAUUUAUUUUUAGUAUCCCCAGAAUCCCCAAACCCACAAGUGGGUCUGAAAGCCAAUUUUCUUUAAAAAUCACCCAAAUCACACCGUUUAUCAUAGCCAAACUGUAAAAUAUGUUUUUUUUUACGGUGGAGGGAGAGUCGUGCAUUUUCUCUCAGCUACUCAGGGAAGCUCAAGUUGAAAAAUUUUAGCUCCGGGGAGGUUCAUGGUAUAAAUAAACAAAUUUAAAAAAACUGAAGUUGCAUCCCAGCCACCCCCUAUUCUGCUAAAUAAAGCACAGUCCCUUAUCAGACUCAGAAAUAGCAGUUCCCAUUGGAAAUGCAAUUUUGAUGAGCCAUUGUUGCAGUAGGUGCCCUCUGAUGGACAUUGUUGUUGUUGUUGGGUAAUAACACUCAUCUAUAAUACUGGAUAAUGAGUUCAGUAAUCCAAAGCUUAAGAUGUCGGGGACAUUUCAGGACAAUGCAAGGAGAGAAGCGCGUAAAUGUCUGUGGUUCUGAAAUCCUUUCAGUUUAAUCACAAAAUAUAAAGUGCAUUUAGAUAAGUUUAAAGAAUCUAAGUCCAAAUGUCACUGGAGAUUAAGUACAAUAAAUGUGACUGCCUGUUUCAA